AUGCCGGCGGUGCUGGGCGCCGCCUGGGCCCUGCUGGCCGCCGCCUUCCUGGCGGGGCUGGUGCUGGUGCUGCUGCCGCCGCUGCGGGGGGCCGGCAGCGUCGGCGUCGUCUCCGGCCUUUUCCAGGAUCUCAUUCGCUACGGGAAGACGAAGCGCGGCUACGGGCAGCGCCCGGCCUGGCUGCGCCUCCUCCAGGUGCCCAAGAGGUGGUUUACUCACUUUUAUGUGGUUUCUGUGCUCUGGAAUGGCUUUCUGCUGAUCUGGCUUUUCCGAGCUGAGUUCCUCGGAGGGUUGCUCCCAUCAUGGAUUCAGCAUGUGCACCGUGCUCUUGGUAGAGAUCCUCAAAGUGAGGACACAGAUAGUGAACACUUCUCUGCGCUCCUGGUUCUCCUGCUGCUUUGGCUGCAUAGCUGUCGAAGACUUGCAGAAUGCCUCUGGACCAGCGUGUUUUCCAAUGGUGUCAUUCAUAUUGUGCAGUAUUGCUUUGGACUUGGUUACUACGUUGCCGUUGGCUCAACUGUGCUAUGUCAAGUGCCUACUAACGUCAGCAAUGGAAAAGAGCUUUCUGUGCAGAUCUGCUGGUAUCACAUUGUAGGAGUUAUGAUGUACAUCUGGGCCUCUCUUCACCAACACAGAUGUCUUGUGAUUCUAGCUAAUCUUAGAAAAAGUAAAUCAGGAAAGGUGGUAAGUCUGAGCCACAGUGUACCUUUCGGAGACUGGUUUGAGAGAGUUUCUUGCCCUCAUUAUUUUGCAGAGCUCCUCAUAUAUGUAUCUAUGGCCAUCACACUUGGAUUUCACAACGUGACGUGGUGGUGCGUAGUGAUGUGUGUUCUUUUUAACCAGGCACUGGCUGCUGUUUUGUGUCACGAGUUCUAUCAGAAAAACUUUAGCUCCUACCCAAAGCAUCGUAAAGCAUUUAUACCAUUUGUUUUUUAGAAUAUUUCUUCUACAGUAUCUUUAGUGCAAACUGGGAAAUGUUUUCUAUAAGGGAAUAAGAGAUUUACGGUUUAUUAAAGCCAAGGUAAAAUCGCACAUUUUCUCUAAUUCUAGCUUAAAAGCUCAUAAUUUUAAUGAUAAUCUCAUCCAUGUUACCAAUUUAUGUGGGGAAAUGUAAGGUCUCUGCAUAUCAUACAAGCUAAAAAGAGGUUUACUGAAGACCUUAAUUCAAACUGAAGAGAUGCUAAUUGGCUCUUUUUCUGUUUCAUAAUUAUAUCUUGUGCAUAAAACACUUGCUGUUGUGCAGCAAGCCCAAAUACAUAUACAUGAAAACUGCGUGGUGAAAGGAGGGUGCAGGGAAUCAUUUUAACUACUGUAUUUCACAUCUUGUCUAAUAUUUAAGCUUAUUGUUUUCCUAGUCUCUUUUCUUUGAAUCACUUCGGAGGGAGGCACAUUGUGUAUUGUCUUUCUGUGCUUCCCGCUUGAUAAUUAAAACCAGCCACUGCUUUAUAACUGCAAGCACAAAAACCGGUGGAGAAGGCUGCGGUGGAGGAGUGACUCAUGCUCAGCAGUGGAGAUAAACAGACCCAUUCUCUGCAUUAUCUCUUCUGCACCAGUGUUUUCAUUCAUUGAUGAAAACUCCUUUUUUAUCCCUAAACUGGGAAAAUCAUGGAAGGUGCUCUGUCUAGAGAGACAGUAGAAGAGAAUUUGCAGAAAAUUAAUGUUCUUGGUUAUGGUUCUGUCGUCCUUGUAGCGUGUUAUUGGAAUCCCUUCUGUCUUAGAGGGGGCAGUUAUGCAGGAUGACCGUAACCACGACUACACUGGUUUUUAAACAGCCUGUGAGAGCAGAUGUAAUGAACUGCCGAGGCAGAGAACACACGGAAACCAGUACCUGACAAGCGUUGCAAAGCAAUUCUUUACUGGGGAGAUGAUGUCACUCAGCGCAGGGGUUUUUUGCACUUAACCAUUGGAUAUUCUGGUCCUUUUCAUGAUACUGGAGUGAAUGAUCAGUUUGCAUGAUGUAGCUAGCAUAUGGAUGCUGGUGUUUCAGCAUGUUUUCUACUUACAUGCGUAUAUUAUUUUGUGUAUGAGAAGAAUUUUUAUAUACUGAAGUAUUUCCUAUGAAUUAUCUAAUUAAAACAGUUUAUUACA